GCUGUGGUCCCAGCCCUUGACACCCCGACCCUCGGCCGGAGCGGGGGCACAGCUGAACCCUGGCCUGACCACAAGGGUCUUUUCAGGGUGAGUUAAUUAGUGGGGCACUAAUUAAGCUGUAACAGCCUCACCUGGGGUGUCCCAACACCCGUGGGACCUGUUUAAGCUCAGCUCAAGGAUGGAGCCUGUUGCUGAGCCCGACCGGGGCAGUGCAUGGAUGGAUGCUUAAAAUUCACAGGGAUGGGCGCUGUGAUAUUUAUCUGUGGAUAAAUAACACCCACGCCGGGGGCUUUGGCAGGGGUGCAGGAGCACCUUUGGGGGGAGCACGAGCCCUUUCCCUCACCCUGAAAAUACCCGAAGGUGGGACGUGAUGCGUGUGGGGCAAAGCGUCUCCUUUUCGGCACCUCCAUCUCGCUGCACAUCCUGCGCGGGCCGGGGCAGCGCUCAGCCCCUUCCUGCCCACGGCGGGAGGAAGAGCGAGGGCUGCGAAGGUGCUUGGUGGAGGAACUUGAGCCCAGCUGCCCCGUUUUCUCUGCAUGGAGGCGGCCCCAUGGCUUUUCUCCGGCGGCUUUUUGGCUUUUCGGAGAAGAAGAAGCCGCCGAGGAGGUACGAGCACGUCAAGCGGGACGUGGACCCCGAGGAGGCCUGGCUGGUGCUGGGCGAGCUGGGCGACGGCGCCUUUGGCAAGGUCUUCAAGGCGCAGAACAAGGUGACGGGGGCGCUGGCGGCCGCCAAGGUGAUCGAGGCACCGGGCGAGGAGGAGCUGGAGGAUUAUGUGAUGGAGAUCGAGAUCUUGGCGUGCUGCGACCACCCCAACAUCACCAAGCUGCUGGACGCGCUCUACUGGAACGGGCGGCUCUGGAUCCUGGUGGAGUUUUGUCCCGGAGGGGCUGUGGAUGCAGCGAUUUUGGAGCUGGAGAAAGGGCUGACGGAGGAGCAGAUCCGAGUGGCUUGCAAGCAGCUGCUGCUGGCGCUGCAGUACCUGCACGGCUGCAAGAUCAUCCACAGGGACGUGAAGGCUGGCAACGUCCUGCUCACCCUCGACGGGGACGUCAAGCUGGCUGAUUUUGGCGUCUCGGCUAAAAACUCCAGCACUGUCCAGCGUCGGGUGUCCUUCAUCGGCACCCCGUACUGGAUGGCCCCGGAGGUGGUGCAGUGCGAGACGUCCAAGGAGAGUCCCUACGGCUACAAGGCUGACAUCUGGUCGCUGGGCAUCACGCUGAUCGAGAUGGCCGAGAUGGAGCCCCCCUACCACGAGCUGAACCCCCUCCGGGUGCUGCUGAAGAUCGCCAAGUCGCAGCCACCCACCUUGCGUCACCCCAAGAGGUGGUCUGAAGACUUCAAGGACUUCCUGAGGAAAUCCCUGGAGAAGAGCCCUGAGGCGCGGUGGUCGGCCAGCCAGCUCCUGCAGCACCCCUUCGUGGCGGGCAUCUCCGACAAGCGGCCGCUCCGCCAGCUGGUGGCUGAAGCCCGGGCUGACGUGCUGGAGGAGGAGGAUGAGGAGGAAGCCACAGACAACACUGGAAGUGGGGUAGAAACUUCUCCCGUGGAAGCUCCGGUGCCAGCAGAAGUGAAAUUGGAAGAGGACGUUGUAAAAGGGUGUUUGACUGGAGACGGUAACCCAGCGGGAGAUGCAGCCGGCACGGGGGAAGUGAUGCUGCCAGGAGAGGAACUGGAGGCAGCGUGUGCAGGAGAGGAACCUGCAAGGGAGGAGGCCCGAAAUUCAGCAGAGGAUUCAUCCCCCAUGGAGAUCCUGGAGCCUGCUGAAGAAGAAACAGAAGAGAAAGCAGGAAACAGCCCCAGAGACAACCAGCCAGGAGCUGCGCAUGGCAAUGGAUGGAAAGGACAAGAUGGAAACGAUGGAGAACUUGGGGGAAAUGGGGUGCAGAUUGCUCCAGCUCCUGAAGGACCAUCAAGGGAUGGAUCUGGAGAGGAGAUGGGUGGCUCGGGGGGUUGCGGAGCAGUGCCAGAGCCCCGGGAGGCCCUUGGUGGACAUCCAAAAGCCACAAAGACCGUCAGGGUUGAUGCUGCCCUUGUCCGCACCUCUUCCCAGGCGCGGGCAGCGUGGGAAGCAGGGAACCCACCAGAUCCAUCCAUCGCGCCAAAGCAGGGAGAGGAGCCAUCUCCUGCGGAAACCCCUGCGGAUGCACGAGGUCCGAGUGCCCUCCCUGCAGCCGCGCAGCCUUUCCCCUCUGCCAGGGGAGCCCAGCAGGAACCUGCCUCGCUCCAAAGGACGGUCAAGAAAACGCGGAGGUUUGUGGUGGAUGGGGAGGAGGUGAGCGUGACGACGGCCAGGACCGUCGGCAAGGCUGGGGCAAGGGACGAGAUGGUGCGCUCGGCCCGGCGCCAGGAGCUCCGUGAGCUGCGAGUGCUGCAGAAGGAAGAGCAGCGAGCUCAGAGCCAGCUGGAGCAGAAGUUCCACCAGCAGCGGGAGCAGAUGUUCCGUCACAUCGAGCAGGAGAUGACGAGCAAGAAGGAGUUUUACGACCGGGAGGUGGAGAGCUCGGAGCGGCGCUACCGGCAGCUGAAGGAGCGUCAGGAGCUCGAGUACACGACGAGGCUGCGAGACGAGGCCAAGCGCCUCAAGUCCCUCCAGGAGAAGGACUGUGGGAAGAGGAUGCAGGAGCUGAAGGGCGAUGGGAGAGAGGAGCAGCGGUUCCUGCUGCAGCAGCAGCAGGAACUCAACGCAGCCCUGCAGAGGGUCGUCCAGGAGCACAAGAAGAUGAUGACGUCCAUCGACUGGGAGUGCGUCAACAAGAUCCAUAGCCUCAGGAGAGCCCGUGAGUCGGUGGUGUGGAGCAUGGAGCAAGGGCACCUGCAGGAGAAGUACCAGCUCUUCAGGCAGCAGGUGAAGGAGCAGCACGCGCUGCAGCGGCAGCAGCUCCGCAAGCGCCACGAGAAGGAGACGGAGAGGAUGAACCGCUUCCACCAGCUCUUGCUGGAGGAUCUGAGGAGCCAGCAGGCGCAGGAGCAGGCUCAGCUGCUGAAAAGCCAACGCUGCGACGCCAAAAUCCGCCUGGCCCUCUUCAAGGACAACCUGAAGAUCCAGGAGGUGAAUGGGGCCAAGCAGAGGGAGAGGACCAAGCAGUUCGUGCAGUGGGAGGAGAGGCGGCAGCGAGUGGAGGCGCAGCGGCAGCAGGAGCAGCAGGCGCAGCGG